AUGAGCGAAGAGCUAGCAAGUGCUUUCAAGGAUAGGAAACCAGACAGAUCCAUUGUGAACGAUUUGUAUAAAAGGACUUAUGAGGAGUCUGCGGUGCUCACGCUAGAAAGGGAUCGUCAAAAGUCAGAUCUGGAGGACAUCGGGGAUCGACAUGAGCAUCACCUCGAGGCAAUGAAGCAAGAGAUGGAGAUACUGAAGAAGAACCACACAUUACAGUUUGAUGAAGGCUUCGCGAUCAGCCUGGAGCACAGAAGAGAGGCUAGCCAGCUAGAAGAGAAGGAGAUAGGCUACGCCAAAGGCUUCAAGAUGGGUGAAGAAAAGGGAAUAAAGGUCGGCAAAGAGAUGGGAGAGGGGUCUGAGGUCAUCAAGGCUGCCAAUUUGGUCGAAGCAAAAUGGGCAGGAGCCAUCCGUUGGGUGUUGAAGACCAUAGAGAGA